AUGGCAUUUGUUUCCAAUUACCCAAAAGAACUGGAGGAGAUGAAACAUGUAAUAAAGCAGGAAUUCAUUGCAUCACUGAGAAGGAAAAGUAGUGGCUUUUCCAGGCGAGCUUCCAUAUAUAGAGGUGUGACCAGGCAUCACCAACAAGGUAGGUGGCAAGUGAGAAUUGGUUGUGUUGCUGGAAACAAAGAUCUUUACUUGGGAACAUUUGCAACUGAAGAGGAAGUUGCUGAGGCAUAUGAUAUAGCAGCUAUAAAGUUCCGAGGUGCAAAUGCAGUAACCAACUUUGAAAUGAGCAGGUACGAUGUUGAUGCCAUAAUGAAGAGCUCUGUUCCUGUUGGUGGCGCGGCAAAACGCUUGAAACUCUCCCUAGAAUCAGAGCAGAAUUUAUUUUGA